CCAUUCAUGAUCGAUCCUCACACAAAGCCGGACGGCGAGCUGUAUGCAGACUACCACCGCCGGCGGUGGGGUGGAGACGGAUGGACGGCGCCGAUGAAGCGGAUGGGGCGUGCCGAGGGCGCUCCCUACGCGAACUGGAAGAUCUGGCCAAAUACUCAUCACGCGUCACGGCUGCUACUUGAGGCGGGCCGGCACGGCCUGGGCGACGCGGUGAUCGGCAGGCUCUACCGCGCGUGCUACGAGGAGGGCGAGAACGUGUCUCGCAAAGAGGUGGUCGCCGCCGUGGCGCGGGAGGCGGGCGUGCCCAACGGAGACGAGUACGUCCUGUCGGGCAAGGGGACGGACGAGCUCGCCGCCGAGCUCGCCAAUGCAGCCACCUCUGGCGGGCGGCGCGUGCGCGCGGCCCCCACCUUUGAGCUGCGGGCGGGUGCCUCCCCCGCACUCGCCUUCAGCGGUGCGCGCGAGACAGACGAGUGGCUCUCGCUGCUUCACGAGGCGGCCGAGGCGGCGAAGCCGUCUGCAGGCGCAUGAGCAGGCGCCAGCGGCAGUGUGUGCGCCUCGUAGUUGUGGCAGUACCCGCCCCAAACUCCGCGGAUGACGGCGGCGCUGGGAAGCCGGAACGGUCGCUGACCCCCGGCCCGCGCUCGCCCGACGCUGAAAGAUAAAGGAGGAGUGGCGGGCAGUGCUGCCUCUCGGCAGGUCCAGUAGCCUAGAGCCGUAGGGGCGCGCGUUGGUACUAGGAAGAUAGGAAUGUA